AUGAUGUCCCAGGAUGCGUCCAUACAGCUUGUGUGCCUUACAGCCAGCAGUGGUGUUCCCUUAUUCACAAGAGGGGCUUCCAGGCAGCUUCCUUUCUCCAUCAUCGGCUCCCUGAAUGGCGUUCAUAUGUUUGGAAGUGGACAAGGCGUGGUGUUGUCCAGUUGUGAGAGCAAAGGCGGUGGGAGAGUGGUAUGGCGGGUUUUCCAGGACAGCAUGAUGCUUAUUGCCGUAAGCACGGGACGGAGUGCUGACAGCAGCAGGGGGGAGCGUCUUCACCUCCAGCGCCUCCUGGAGAACAUAUGGAGCUGCAUGGUGAUGGUGCUCGGCCAAGACGAGCUGGCCAACAUGAGGAACGUGGAGCGGCUUAAGAAGGACCUGCGCUCGUGCUUCGGCCUCAUCGAUGAGCUGUUAGAGGAGCGGCGCCCUGAGUUCCUAGGCAAUCUGACGCACUGUGCUGACUGUCUGCUCCCCUCGAACCCGGCCCCGCUCCAGGAGGCUUUAGAGGGCUUCACCAAAGCUGCCGAGAGUGAGUUCGGCUGCCUUCUGAUUCAUGGGCGGGUCGCCGCCGCCACGGAGAUGUGGUGGCGCUUAGCCCCGCAGGAAAUUGUCCUGCUUUCAGCUUUGAUCCGAGUUCUUUCAGACUCUGCUGCCGUCUCUUGCGACUGCCCGGUGUUUCUCCCUCAAGGCAGCCCAACCGUGGCUCACCGUCUCCUCCGAUUCCAGCUGCUUCGAGGAAUCGACGUGUGCGUGCUGUGCGGACCUACGCCUUCCCUGCACGACGUAGAGAGCAGCCUGGUGGGUCACUUCUGGUCCCCCCUUGUGGACACUUUGAGAGAUUGCCUCGCUGUCGGAGAGCGCCGCCUUCCCCCAUCCGUCUCGUUACGCCCCGACGUCCUGGCGUUCCUCCUUAUCAAUCGUGAGAACCAUCGCUCUGUCUCCGGCGUGCUCACCCCGUCGAGCAUUCGGCCUAAAGAUGAGCCAACCUUGCCAUCUGGCCCGCGCUGCUGGGAGCUUCUGAAACUUUUCUACAUUUUCUGUGUAACACGCUACUUCAAGCAGGAUGGAACUGAGGCUGCUUUGGAGGACCAGAAGGAGGGGAACACAGAGGACUUUGUUCAUGGAUUCUCUCACCAGCCACUUCAGUGCUAUUUGGUCACAGAUGAGUGUAAAAGUUUUGCACUCCAGACACCGCAACAUCAACUUUUCCUACUUGCACCGCUUACGGCGCCGACAUUUGCCCUCAACAGCAUCGCCAAACAAACUCUCACGAGUAUUACUGCUGCUACUGGUUUUUAA